GCAUAUGAAGUGAGUCGGUGUACUUUUGUUAACUAAUUACAGUAAAGAUAGAUGAUUUCUACUCUGAAAUGUCUUACAGCAGGAAUUCAUGGAGUCCAAAUUUGAGAGCAAUGGGACAGCAGUUACUGAGUUCAUUCUUCUGGGCUUGGUAGAGACAGCAGGGCUGCAGCCAGCCAUCUUUGUAAUCUUCUUCUUUGCUUACCUGCUCACAGUUGGGGGUAACCUCAGCAUCCUAGCCGCUGUCUUGGUGGAACCCAAACUCCACACCCCCAUGUACUUCUUCCUGGGGAAUCUGUCUGUGCUGGAUGUGGGGUGCAUCAGCGUCACCAUUCCCUCCAUGUUGGUUCGUCUCUUGUCCCACAAGCGUACAGUUCCGUAUGGAGCCUGCCUCGCACAGCUCUUCUUCUUCCAUCAGCUGGCUGGAGUUGACUGCUUCCUGUUGACAGCCAUGGCUUAUGACCGCUUCCUGGCCAUCUGCCGGCCCCUCACCUAUAGCACCCGCAUGAACCACACAGUCCAGAGGAUCUUGGUGGCCACAUCCUGGGCUUGUGCCUUCAGCAAUGCACUGACCCACACUGUGGCCAUAUCCACACUCAACUUCUGUGGCCCCAACGUGAUCAACCACUUCUACUGCGACCUUCCACAGCUCUUCCAGCUCUCCUGCUCCAGCACCCAGCUCAAUGAGCUGCUGCUCUUUGGUCUGGGUGUCCUCAUGGCUGGUGCACCUGUGAUUCUCAUUGUCACCUCUUACAUCCACGUGGCAGCUGCAGUCCUGCGAAUCCACUCUGCUGAGGGCAGGAAGAAAGCCUUCUCCACCUGUGGCUCACACCUCACUGUGGUAGGCAUCUUCUACGGGACAGGUGUCUUCAGCUACAUGAGGUUGGGGUCAGUGGAGGCCUCAGACAAGGACAAGGGCAUUGGCAUCCUCAACACUGUCAUCAGUCCCAUGCUGAACCCACUCAUCUAUAGCCUUCGGAACCCCGAUGUGCAGGGUGCCCUGAGAAGGGUACUCACAGGAAAGCGAGACAUGGCAUGAGGGGACAUAGAGGGGAGAAGACACAGUAUCAGCUGGGUAUGGUGGUGCACACGUAAUCCCAGCACUUGGGAGUAGAGGGAGGAGGGUAAAAAAUUCAAUCUCUUCUUUGACAGCAACUCUGAGGCCAGCCUGGGCUGCAUGAGAUCCUGUCUCAAGAAAAAUAAAACACAAUAAUUCAACAUCAAGAUUUUUCCUUAAAUUUGUUUUAUUAUUCUGCAAGUCUUUGUGAUAAAACCUGAGCUGAAUGAAAUAAAAAUUGAGAUUUAUAUGUAUAUUUUUUCUUACCGUACACAAAUGUUACACUAUUUUAU